AUGAUGAAUAUAAAGAAGAUCCUUUUUAUUGCUCUUCAGACGACGAUUCAGUGUAUAUUUCUUAAGAUAGUUCUGACGAUUUUGAGACGUCGCUGUAAGUUAGAAGCCGAAGCUCGAAGUUUUACAAAACAUAUAACUGCAACUGCAAUGUGCAUAAACUGUAACGAAGUAUACCACACAUUAUAUGCUCUAAGAAUAGCCGGACUAACAGUGAUAGGAAAAAGUAAUCAAGUAAAGUGUUGUUUUUCCAAGGAAAAUGGCGAAGAUAAUGACUACAAAAAUAAUGACAGUGCAAUGAAUAUUGAAACCUACAAACGAUUAGUGGAAGCCAAAGAUGAAAUUAUAAAAAGUAAGACAGACAUAAUAUUUCAACUAAAAGCCAAAGAACAAUUAUUAUAUAAAACAUUAAACAUUUUGGAAGAAAAACAGAAAGAGAUAGGAAGCAGAUUGACAAAAAAUCUCUCGCCAAACAAAGAACAGAUAAGUAGCAGUAAACAAAACAAAGUACAAGUUUUAGCAACCAGCAACCUUGAAAUUUCUACCAAAGGCCACUCAGAUUCAGACUUAUCAAACAACCUAGGCUGCGGCCCAAAUAAAAACAAAGAAGAAGAACGUCAUAACCACACUUAUGCUUCUGCAACAAACAUAAAUAAUUACAAUUCAGCACCAAACUCUGGGAAUAUAAUUCGCUCGCAACAACUUUCAAGAGAGCUUCAACAAGUGCAAACAAAAGUAAUACUUAAUAAAUAUAUCAACAGUGGAGAACAAACCCAAGGAUCUGCAGAAAACACGCCAUCAAUAAAUAAUGAUGGAUACAAAGUCAUUCAAAGAAAAAAAAAAAAGAAAAUGAACAUUGGAAAAGGAGAAGGUGAUGAUGCAUUUUACGGGAAAAAUGAAAAAGAUAGGAAAAUCUGGUUAUUUAUCACCAAGGUACCUGAUAAUGUCUCUGGAGAAAGUAUCAAGAAAUUUAUUAGUACAAAGACAAAAGGAGAAAAGUUUGCUGUAGGAGAAUUACUUAAAGAGGAGGAUGUAGAAGAAGACGAGGACAUUUCCUCUCCUCCAAAAGCUAGAGAAAUUCUUAGUGAACCAGCUACGCCUACUUCAAUUACCAACCAACUCCAAACUAAACAGUUAGUAGUAGCCGAAAACCAUAGUACAACGGAAAAGCAGCCCGUAGUUAUCAAAAAAAUAGAGGUCGUGAAAACACAAAAUAUAGAGGAAGACAAAAUUAAACGUUGCCGUAUCAGACAUGGAUCAAAAUCAGAGGUGGAUUUAAGUUCCUUUCCGGAAGACAAUUCUGAUGAAGGUUUCUCCCGCGGGUAUAUUGAGCUGUCACGUGCGACAGUAGUGAUUUCGCAAAAGAUAUAA